AGAAAGGGAAAAGAUGAGAUGCCUAUCCCAAACUAAUAACAAACAAUGAAAACAUCCCCCACACAAAAACAGUCAAAAGUUGAGGGGAGGGGGGGCUGUGAGCACCCCAAUCCUUUUUGUUUCACCCAUUUUCACCUCACUAAUGAGUGCUAAGGGCAAAAGCAAAAGAAAACAACUUUGAGUGGGGGGAGCUAUAUCAUACAUAAUUGCGCUUCCUUGUAUAUCCAUUCUUGCAUCUUUUCUCAAGCUGAAAAUUCCAUUGCAUAGAUCUCCGACCUCCCAAAGAAUUAAGCUGUUUUCCAAUCUCUUCCAUGUAAAGCAAAGUUACAAUCAUUUGGAGACAACCUUCUUACUAAUAUAUAGGAUAUAUUUCUUCGCCAUUUUUUUUUUGGUUGAUCAAAUAGCUAUAAUAAAUAAAGCUGGGUUCUGGUCAUGGUAUCAGGAUAUAUAGAAAGGAUUUAAGCUUGUUCGUCUGCACUCCUGGCGGCGUCGGCGCAGAACAGGUGCACCGCUUUAGUGUGCUCUUGCUAUGUACCAUCGAGGAAUUUUGAUAGCAAAGGUGAUCAAGAGAACAGCAGAAGCAGUGGUAGCAGCAACAUCAAGAAACGGUCUGCUGUGGAAAAGAAAGAUGGGGUCAUGGAAGAAGUUGGUAAUGAUGAAUCACAAGGCCAAGACAGGAUCAGCAAUGGAAGUGGUGGCAGCAACAGUGGAUGCAGUGGGACUUAUAAUGGGCCUCACAUUGAACUGAUUCCCACUCGCAAGAGUAAUCUCAAGAAACCUACUACAGUAGAUCAGGAGAAUCAGUUAAAGACAGAAAGGAGGAAAGUGAGUUGGCCAGAUGCUCAUGGAAAAGAUAUUGCUCAUGUUCAGGAGUUUGAGCCAAGGACAUUUAUGAAAUGAAACAUGGCAGGGACAACAAAAGGUCGCAUGUGUUUCACAUUUACAGCAACUAGCAGCCUUACAAUGAUGAAUCCAGUGAGGAUAGAAAGAGAAAUGGCGCAGCUAGUUGACCACUAAAUUUCACAUAGGGUCUUGUUAACCAGGACACUUGUUAAGCUUAUUGUUUAACUGAAUUUUUUAGUUUAGACAUCGAAAAUAAUCACUGCCUUUUAAUAUGAAAAUACUUUCAGAUAUAUAGCAAUGCAACGAGUGUUGUCAGGAUACUUGUUAGCAUUACCUUUCAUAUA